UUGAAACCAAGAUGGUGGUACGCGUACCGCUGUCUUUAACGAUGUCACCCUCAGCUUUGCUGGGCUUUAAGUGUUUUCUUACGCAGCAGUAUUCUUCCAAAGAGCUGCUAAAAUCUUUGCCGGAGCUAUGCAGACGAGGUUACUCCGUGAAAGCCCAGCAGGCGGUGGAGGAGAGCGGCAUCGGCGCCGCCGCCGGCUUCAGAGGCCCUCUGGAUCACUACGGCGGGAUGAUCAGAGACGGGACCCUGCGGGAGGAUGAGCAUCAGAAAGCAGUGCUGCAGAAACUGGAGGGGCUGCACAAAACACUCAGAGGAUACAGCAACACACCGACAUCCUUCUUCUCCAAGUUUUUCACAAAACCCAAACCUCCAAAAGGCUACUACAUCUACGGUGACGUUGGCACAGGAAAAACUAUGGUCAUGGACAUGUUCUAUUCAUAUGUGGAGACUGAAAAGAAAAAGAGGGUUCAUUUCCAUGGCUUUAUGUUGGACGUCCAUAAAAGGAUCCAUCGGCUAAAACAGAGCAUGCCAAAAAGGAAAGCGGGGAAAAUGGCCAAAUCCUAUGACCCCAUUGCCCCAGUUGCUGAGGAGAUCAGCGAAGAGGCUUGUCUUCUAUGCUUUGAUGAGUUUCAGGUCACGGAUAUCGCUGAUGCCAUGAUUCUCAAGCAGCUUUUUGAGAAUCUGUUUCUGAACGGAGUUGUUGUCGUGGCCACUUCUAAUCGUCCUCCUGAGGACUUGUACAAAAACGGGCUGCAGAGAGUCAACUUUGUUCCUUUUAUUGCCGUGUUGCAGAAAUAUUGCCAAACCCUUCGUCUGGAUUCUGGGAUAGAUUACCGCAAAAGGAACAGACCCUCUGCUGGAAGACUCUACUUUCUCUCCAGUGAGCCUGAUGUAGAAGCAGCACUAGACAAGUUUUUUGAUGAGCUGGCUUUUAAGCAGAAUGACAUAACAAGACCAAGAGUUCUGAAUGUUCACAACAGAAAAGUCCGUCUGAACAAAGCUUGUGGGACCAUUGCAGACUGUACAUUUGAGGAGCUGUGUGAUAGACCUUUAGGGGCCAGUGACUACCUGGAGAUAUCCAGGCUGUUUGACACCGUUUUUAUUCGACACAUUCCUCUGCUCACGCUGAACAAGAAAACUCAAGCCAGGCGGCUCAUAACGCUUGUGGAUGCCCUCUACGACCACAAGGUGCGGGUGGUGAUUCUUGCAGACCACCCUCUGGAGGAUAUUUUUGUACACAACGGGGAUCACGGUCAUGACGAGAGCCACAUUCUGAUGGAUGAUCUGGGGCUGAAAAGAGAAGAAGCCAGCAGUCUGUCCAUAUUCAGCGGAGAAGAGGAAACGUUUGCCUUCCAAAGGACAGUGUCUCGUCUCACGGAGAUGCAGACGGAAGAAUAUUGGUUGGAAGGGGACAGAAGCACGAAAUCGCAGGUUUAACGUUUGGGAACAGUCGACCAUGUUGCACAACGUCCAUACUUCAUACACUGUACUCCUCUUUGCCAGAAACAGUCCAGGCUCAGCACUAGUCCUACUCAUCUAGCACAAACCCUAUGGGACUGCUCAGCAGUAUGUGUGCAAAUUUUGUACAGAGAAUAUUUAUUGAUAUCUUAAGGCCUUUUAUCACUUUAUUGUGACAUUGCACUUUAAGGAGAAUUUUUAAGAUGGACUUUAGGGUGUCAUAUUUCUUUUAUCUCAGUAUCAUACAAUGGUCCAACUGUAUUAGCUUUUACAAAUCUGUGGGAAAAAGCUGGACCAUUUUUGGAAUUGGAUUUCCAACGGACUUUUAUGAAGAUUUAAGUGAUAUGUUAAUGUACCUCUUUUGAGAUACAUAGUGUUUUCGAAAAUGUAAUGCAUCUCAACGAGUUGUGUAUGAUUCCAGCGCAAGUCUAAAUACAGUGGCAGGAGAUUG